AUGAUUCUUUUUACUGUGGAACAGUUGGAGCUUAUUCGACGGUUACGCAGUACCGGCAUUUCGCCAGCACAAGUCGCCGAGGCAUUUCGACAGCUCGAACAAGUUGAUAAUUCGUUGGAUCAACCACCUCCACAACCGUCGUCGCUAUUGUUCAAUCUGAUGACGACAAUAGAUGCGCAGCAGUCAAACCCCGACUCACCUAGCGCAACCACCAGUGCCCAUCACGAUAUCCGCGACACCGCCCUGAGGUUAGCACCUCACCGGAACGCCUCAGUGUCCAGACAGUGCCAGCCGCUUCCGCUGCGUCGGAACCGACCACGUCCUAGAACUCCAGAUGCUUCCGUCAAUGUCUCCGAGGCGGCUGCGAUCCCCAGCACGGCACCUCCAGCCACACUGCCUCGAUACGAGAACAACGCCGGUGGUCGGCCGAUUCGAAGCUUGCGCACUCCGAUGAAGGAGAUCACCACGUUGGACAGACCCGAAGAGCUGGAUGAGUUCAUGGAACAAGGUGAAGAGGCUUGUAUAGCCGACAUGAAGCAGUUCAUCACGCAGUACUCACUUCGUCAGACCACCGUCGCUAUGAUGACCGGCGUAUCGCAACCGUACAUCUCAAAACUGCUGAAUGGGAAUCAUCGCGAAUUAUCGCUACGAUGUCGAAAGAACAUCUAUUGCUGGUAUUUGAAUUGUCGACGCCAUCCACAUAAACUUUGUAAGUCCUCACCGUAUAUCGAUUUCAUUGAUCAUUACCAUCACUUGUACCAUUCUUGA